AUGCCAUUCUGGACUGCUUUGGACACUCGCAAUGCGAUUCUCUCAACUACCAUUCCAGCCGGCGCUGCCGUCACCGCUUUCGUCGCUUUCGCCAAAGAUCAGGCUUCAACUGAUUGGUGGGCGGCGUUGAAGAAGCCAAACUGGGCUCCAAAAGAUGUCCGAAUCUAUUCGGCUGUCGAUUUCUUGUCGAUGGCUCCACUCGGAUAUGCUUCUUAUCUCGUAUAUAAAAAUGGAGGAGGAUUCGAUUACAAUGAUACUAGAAUUGCUCUUGGACUCUACGGAGCCAACAUUGCCAUCGCUUUGGCGACUGUUCCAAUCAUUAAAAAGAAAAAUCUGGGAUGCCUCUGGAAGAACACGACUCUUGUUCAUUUGACUGCUGCUGGCGCUGCCUAUGCUUUCUACAAGAUUGAUAGAAGCGCUGGUCUUCUAUUGGUGCCAUAUGCUCUCUGGACCGCAUUCUAUGCCUAUUUGGCUUAUUCGAUCAAAAAGGAAAACGAUCCGGUCAAGGAUUUGUAA